AUGCCCGCUGAAAGCAUUGUGAUUGUUGGCGCAGGCAUCAUCGGCCUGGACGUUGCACUGGUGUUGGCAAAGGCAGGCCUCGGUAAACAUACUAAGGUCGUAGCUGAAUACCUGCCUGGAGACACUGCGGUCACUUACACAUCCCCAUGGGCCGGCUGCAACUUUUCAGCCAUCUCCGGCAGCGAUGCCAACGCGUUGAGAUGGGAUCGCGUCGGUUACUCCCAUCUCUGCAAGCUGGCAUACGAGGCAGAGGAGGAGGCGUUCGUGAAGAGAACUCCAUCUAUCGAAAUGUGGGAUGAAGAGAUUCCCCACGAAAAGAUAAAAUACAUGUCUGACUACCUUGAGGACUUCAAAGUUUUGCCGCAAGAGGAACUUCCAGAAGGCGUCAAAUUUGCUGUGUCUUUCACCACUUUGACUGUGAAUGCGCCUGCACACCUUCUAUACCUUUACCGGACGCUGAAGGAUCGUUAUGGUGUACGUUUCAUCCGACAAAAGGUUCCCGAUAUCCAAUCCGGCUUCCUCAGUCUCGACACAAAGGUCGUGUUCAACUGCACUGGUAACGCAGCCAAGACACUAUCCGGCGUUGAAGACCAACGCUGCUACCCAACCAGAGGCCAGGUUGUGUUGGUCAGAGCACCGCAAGUCCGAACAAAUGUAAUGAGGCACGGCAAGGACUACGAGACCUACGUGAUCCCGCGGCCUGGAUCAAACGGGAAUGCCAUAUUGGGAGGAUACAUGCAGAAGGGAAGUGGUGACGGUGCUACAUACUAUCAUGAGACCAUCUCCAUUAUGGAUCGGACACACAAGUUGAGUAGCGAGCUUCGUGAAAACAAUUCUGAAGUACUUGCGGUUGUUGCUGGGCUAAGACCCUCACGCGAAUGCGGUGCUCGCGUUGAGGGUGUUCAGGUUGACGUGUAA